UGUAAAGAUGAUUGACAGUAGGUCUGACAAAUAACAAUGUUCAUCACCACCAACUCUCUGCACAGUAUUCUGUGUGUCCGUGUUAGUGCUUUACUGUGCUAACGUUUAAAGAGAUUACAGCAUAAACGUCAGAUUUCGGAAAAGGCCUUGCUUUCAGCAAACUUCAACGACGUGGUCGACAGGAUUAACAGGAUUGGCUCUAAUGAGUAAGACUGAAAUUAAUACGGAGAAAGUUGGAGGGAGUUGACAGACAAAACAGGGAGAGUUUCAUUGUAAGCUCCGCAGGGUUUUACAUGCGCAUCGCAUCUGGGUCAGGAGGCCCUGUAUGCCUGCAGCGGCGGGACAGGCGUCUGCAUGUCUGCUGUCAGGACGGACGCAUAAAUAUCUGGAUGUCCAGAUCCUGCUCUCACUUUCAGACUAUCUGCAGGUGGAAGACAGGAGAGGAGCUGAUAGACGCAAACAUGGUCCCACUGAGGCUGGUCGCCUUCGGCUUGCUAGCUGCCGCUUGGUAUUUCACUCGUGCUGCUGACGGAGAAGUCAUCUACGCCUGUCUCAAUGAAACCGCAGAGAUCUCAUGUGAUGUUGGCGCUAAGAUAAAGCUGGAUCACAUCCUGUAUAAGGUCGGGGUAGGGACCAGGUGCGGGGAGGGAAAAGCCCAACCAGACGACGGCCCGGACACCUACUGCUCCUUCCCCUGGUCGGAGAUGGUGGUGGAGGAUCUCUGUGCUAACAAGAGGUCCUGUAAGGUCCCCGUCACUGAGCUGGUGUUUAGUAAAUAUGAAUGUGUGGAGGAUACCAGGUACCUGGAGGUGUCCUACACCUGCGCCACACCACCACCUCCUCCACCUCCACCACCACCUCCAACCAAAGCUGACUGUGAAGAAAAAUCUACGGAUGAAGCCUGAUGCUUGCCAGAUGCCGUGAACAGAACAUUAUGAUGAUUUCUAACAUUUCUAACAUCAGAAUAAUAAGUGGACACAGAAAAAAAAAGUUGUCAUGUUACAUCUGUUUGUUCUUUCAUGCAAACAAUCUGAUAUUUAGAUCUCAACAUCCAAUUUUCCUUCAGUUUCUGAAAGCAAGCCCACGUGUUUGAGGUCAUGUAUCUAAAUGCUUACAUACAUACUGUAUGAGCGUAUUUA